AUGGACAGUUCUAUUAAAGACCUAAAAGCUGCUGUUGGUGACGCACUACAGAACACAGCUCAUGUGUACAGUCAAGCCCUGGAUAAACUGGAGAAAGUCCAGGAAGAAGUGUCCCAAGUGAGAGAGCAGCUCGAGACCAAUCAAAUUGUGGAGAUAGAGCAGAACAUGACCGUGCAACACUACCUGCUGGUACUGCUGGAGGAGCUGACAGCAGCGCAGGGAAAGAAGCACGAGGAGACAGGACUGGGAGCAGGAGACGACCUCCUGGCAAACUACCAGGACCUGGAGAGAGAAAACAGUCAGCUGAAAGACAGACUGUUCAGGAUGGAGAUGGAGAUGAAGGAGGAUAGAGAGAGGUGGAAAGCAGAAAAGGAGGAGGUAAUGAGGAGAUCAGAGAAUCACCUGGAGGAAAUGUCCAUCAACAGGGCCAUGAUGGAGCAACAGGUGAGGGAUGUGGAGAGUGAAAACCUCCAGCUGAAAGAGAGACUCUUCAGGAUGGAGAUGGAGAUGAAGGAGGAACGAGAGAGGUGGAAGAGAGGAGAUGAGAAAGAACUGAAAGAAAGAAAGAAGGAGCUGAAAAAGAAGGAUAAGGAGCUGAAAAAGCAGAUGAAGGAGGAGGAGAAGAGGGUGAGGAAUUUGGAGCGUGAAAGGGAGAAAGAAAGGAAAGUAGAGGAGAAAGAAAGGAAGAAGGAGCAGAAAAAGAAGGAUGAGGAGCUGAAAAAGCAGAUGAAGGAGCUGCAGGAGGAAAGGCUCAGGAAAGAGGAGCUUCUGGAGAAGACUGUGGAGAAGGAACUAAAAGAGACCCUGAAAGAAAGGAGGAGUGAGUGAAGGAGUGAGUGAAUGAGAUUUCUCCCUGAAAUGAGCGAAUAAAAACGUAUCUAGAACCAUUGAGUUGUGUUUGAGUGGUUUCUGUUUCCACUGUACUCCGAAAUACACACAUCACCAUGUGUGCACUGUGUCUGAUUAAUACUAAGAAUAAUUAUUAUAAUAAUAAUCAAUUA